AUGUCGUACGCUUGGGUCGGCGUCGACAACCUGAACCAAUGGUUCCAGUCAGGUGAUCAGGCGUACAUCAUCCUGUCCUCGGCCCUGGUGAUGCUCAUGGUGCCCGGCAUCGCCUUCCUCUACUCCGGACUGGCGCGGCGCAAGUCGGCGCUGUCGAUGCUGUGGGUGGUCAUGAUGUCGUUCAGCGUCGUCGUCUUCCAGUGGUACUUCUGGGGCUACUCGCUCGCCUUCAGCGGCACGGCCGGCAACCCCUUCAUCGGGGACCUGCACAACUUCGCGCUCCGGAACGUGCUGGGGGCGCCCUCGGCCGGGUCGGCCCUCGUGCCCGGCCUGCUCUACUCCUUCUACCAGAUGAUGUUCUGCGCCGUGACGGCGGCGCUGACGGUCGGGGCCGUGGCCGAGCGCGGCCGGGUCGUGCCCUCCAUGGUCUUCGUCUUCUGCUGGGCCACGCUGGUCUACUGCCCGCUGGCGUACUGGGUCUGGAACGCGAACGGCUGGCUCUUCAAGGCCGGCGUGCUCGACUACGCCGGCGGCGUGCCGGUCGAGAUCGGCUCCGGCAUGUCCGCCCUGGCCUACUCGUGGGUGCUGGGCCGCCGCAACGACCGGAUGAUGACCAACUUCAGGCCCCACAACAUCUCGCUCAUCACCCUCGGCACCGUCCUCCUCUGGUUCGGCUGGCUGGGCUUCAACGGCGGCUCCGCCUUCGGCGCCAACCUGCGCGCCGUCAUGGCCAGCUGGAACUCGUGCCUGACCGCCAUGUUCGCCGCCGUCACCUGGUGCGUGCUCGACUUCCGCCUGGCCCGCAAGUGGUCCAUGGUCGGCUGGUGCUCCGGCACCAUCUCCGGCCUCGUCGCCGCCACCCCGGCCUCGGGCUUCAUCGACCCCUGGGCCAGCAUCGUCCUCGGCGUCGCCGCCGGCGUCGCCUGCAACUUCGCCACCAAGAUCAAGUUCCUCGUCGGCAUCGACGACUCCCUCGACGUCUUCGCCGAGCACGGCGUCGGCGGCAUCGUCGGCCUCGUCUUCAACGCCUUCUUCGCCACCGGCCGCGUCUACGGCCUCGACGGCGUCAACACCGGCGCCACCGGCGGCUUCCUGGACGGCAACCACGUCAUACUCGGAUGGCAGAUCGCCGCCAUCGUCUCCGCCUGCGCCUACAGCUUCGUCAUGUCCGCCACCAUCGCCAAGAUCAUCGACCUCGUCCCCGGCCUCAAGCUCCGCGCCUCCGAGGAGGCCGAGCUCAUGGGCAUGGACGACGACCAGCACGGCGAGUUCUCCUACGACUACGUCGAGGUCCGCCGCGACUUCCUCGCCUGGAGCCCCCGCCGCGACGAGCCCGCCAUGGACGGCGACGUCCACGAGCCCCACCACGGCAUCCGGGAGCACGCCCACCUCGCCACGCCCCCCUCCUCCUCCGGUCCCGACGACGUCGCCGAUCAGAAGGCCAGGGGCUCCGACGCUCAGCCUCAGCAGCCGCCCCCGCUCGCUGCCGAGACCCUUACCGCUCCUGCCGAGAUUGUAGAUGAGAAGCGGGCAUGA